AUUGUGUGCGUUGUAAAGCGGUGAUGACAGAGGAUUUAAUCCAUGACGCGGGCUCGCGCGCAUCAAAAAGAGUCGCGCUCGUUGACGCGUGGGCUCCGCUCUUCACGGCACGAGCGUGCAGGUAUAAAACCAGACGGUGCACGAGUCGAAACCCAGAAAAUCGAAGACGACACCCCUCGAUCAAGAAGUGCCAUCAAGACCUCAUUCAAGGCAAUAUGCAUGCUAACAUGAAAUUGUGGAUCGGCUGGGUAGCGUGCGCCUUCAUCCUGUUCGUCUGCUUGGGAACACUCACGGAAGCGUAUCCAGCAAAACCCGACAACCCGGGAGAGGACGCACCUGCGGAGGAGCUCGCCAAAUAUUACUCUGCAUUAAGACACUACAUCAACCUUAUCACAAGGCAGAGGUAUGGCAAAAGGUCCAGCUCUGACACCCUUAUUUCAGACCUUCUGCUUGGUGAAACAGAGUCCCACCCUCAGUCAAGAUAUGAGGACCAUUUGGUGUGGUGAUCUCUAAUAUUGUGUUUAGCUAAUAACAUCCAUGUAUCAUCCUGUAACUUUUUGAUGCAACGGCAACCAGAUCUCAUCAAAUUGAAAUUCUCUGCAACAUCAAGAUGAACAACAUCCUGUGAAAGACCACAGACACAAACAGGAGGAAACAUAGAGGACCAUUCAAAUAACUGUUACACAUCAAAUCACUAAACAGGAGAAAUGUCUGAACGCAAGUGUGUCACAUGUUCCAGCAUAUAUAGUUCUAUUAAAAACAGUCUUGUUAAAAUUUGUGCUCUCUCUAGACUCAUCAAGGAUCGAUCAGCCGUCAAACAGAGUGUACAAAAACUGUGUAUGCCUAUUGUGUUCAUUGUAUGCCCGUACCACCAAAUAUCAAAAGAGAACAUUACU